AUGUUGAUUGCAUCAUUUGGCUUGUGUCAGAAUAAAGCAAUCGAUGAAUCGAACCAAUUAGAAUCUGAAGACAUUGGAAACCGUUUUGUGCGGUAUAUCAAACAUCGUGAUCGCUUUUCAGAACAUCUACAGCAAGAUGCGAAGCAAACUCCACUCGUAAAAGAUGAAAAAGAUUGUAAUAAAGCAGCAAAUGAAGGUGGCACAAUGUUCAAACAUUUCGACUGGUUUAAAAACUUUUUACAUCGUCAACACGAAAACAAUGAUAAAGUGGCAUUGCGCAAGGUCGAAAAAGAAAAGGAAAAGUACAAUGAGGAGGUAGAAGAAGAUGACGAUCGUGAAAACAUUGAUUACGUUAACGAUUCGGAAGACGAUGAAAGUAAAUUUGAUGAGCGUGAAGAUUCAGAUUUUGAAGAAGGUUCAAAAGUUGUUCGAAGUGUUGAUAGUUCAUAUCUUGAUCCGAGAUCAACAGAAACUUGUGAAGAGGGAACUGAUUGUAAUAACAAAAAUAAUGGACGUAGUUACAGUUUUAUGGAUUCAAGUGCUGGAAACAGUAAGAAAACAUCAAACAUUGCUUUGAAAGCUGCUCAAGAAGCAAAGGCAGCUGAAGAUGCUCAGGAGACUGCAGGAAAAGAAGCAUCAAAGCAGGCCAAAUUUCAACUCGCCGAGAAAGCAAUUCAAGCUGCAAAGGCUGCUCAAGCUGCUUUAUCAGCAAAGCAAGCAAUUGUUGAGCAAAUGGAACGUGAAUUAAGAGAAUCUGAAAUUGUCGUACAAGAUUUAAGUUCGAGCAUUCAACAAUCUGAAGCAAAUGCAAAUGCAGCAUUGAGAGCCGCUCAACAAGCUGCAACUCAACUUAAGAUGCUAACUGAAGCUGUUCAGAUGUCCCAAGGAAAUCUUGGCAAUUCAGAGCAAGCUGCUCAAGGCGCACAACAAGAACUAAGCGAGAAAACUCAAUUAUUGGAAGCAGCAAAGAAUCGGGUCGAAGCUUUACUUCGUGAAAUAAAAACUGCAAGAGCUGACUAUGCAAAUACAAAGCAAGCUGCUUAUAAAGCAGCAUCAGCAGCAAAACAAGCCAAAACGAAUGCUGCCAGAGUUCGUCGAAAUGAUGAAAGAAACGAUUCUGAGCUUAUGCAGACAAUCAUUGAGUACAUGAAUUCACAUCAACAGUAG